AUGCAUCGUAGGGCAAAGGUGCGGCUGGAGGGCGUCUUCGCAUCAUCAUACCUCAGUGGUGACAUCUCAUUCUCGAAGAAGUUUCUUUACCAGUUUGGAAGUAUUCUGCAGAACUCCGAAUUUAGAUCAGGUGAUAGGGCGAAUUCUGCGGGUUCCUCGUCGUCGUCGCCAGACUUUAACGUGUCCUCUAUCUGCAUCUACUACUGCCUCAAUACCUACGUCCGUACUUUGUUCUCAGGAAGACGGGGAGACAAACGAGAAACGGACCCAUUAGUUGUAGCAGCUCCUCGUCCUCGCGAGCUUCCUCUUGUUCCUCCUCACCAUCUUCCGAUGCUGAUCAUGAUUAGGGAGAUGUCCCCUUAA